ACAACGGCCUUUAAGUUUGGAGUAGCCGCCUCGUUAUCACGCGCACACCGGAUUAUUUUAUUCUACUCGACACAAGGGUCGACAUAAGUCUAGACUAUGGCUAACCUUGAUGAUAUUUUAAAGAAGAUUGGCGAAUUCGGUCGUUACCAAAUAUGGCUGUUCGUUCUACUGUGUCUACCGUCCACUAGCAAUGGGUGUUAUAUGAUGAUGAUGAUUUUACUGGCGUACACCCCGAAACACAGAUGUAAAAUACCAGGAUAUGAAAACGACACUUGGGCUGUUCAAGGCAGUUACCAUUCCAGCCUCAUCAACUACACUAUUCCCGAUUCUGAGGAUGAUUUCUACGACUACGACCGAUGUCAUAUGUACAAGUAUUCCGGUAACACCACGGAUACUAUCAGGACGAGGUGUUCCGCAUACGUGUACGAUAAAGAGAUAUUUGACGAGACCAUCGUUACAAGGGGAGACCUUGUUUGUGAACAAGGCAUGAAGCCAGCUCAUGCACAAGUCGUAUUUUAUGUCGGUGUCAUGAUUGGUGAUCUUUUCUUCGGACAGUUAUCAGACAGUAUAGGUCGAAGUAAGACCUUGUUGAUCACUUCUAUUAUCCUUCUGCUGUCCUCUGUUGGUACGGCCUUCGCCCCAGACUUCUACAGCUUCACAGUCCUCCAGUUCAUCGUGGGCGCCUCUAACCAUGGCAUGUUCGUCCUUGUCUGUGUCCUCUGUAUAGAACUGAUUGGUCCCUCAAGGAGGAUGGUAGCCGGGGUGUCAAUACAUGUCCUAUUUCCGUUUGGCCUUUUCUGGCUAGCCGCUGCAGGCUACCUCUUCAGAACCUGGUGGGCUAUUCAGCUGGCGGUCGGCGUACCAUGUGCUAUCUACGUUGCUUACUGGUGGCUGAUGCCCGAAUCCCCAAGAUGGCUCAUUAGUCAAGGAAAGUAUGGCGAAGCUGAACAGAUUCUCAGAAAAGUCGCUGAAAAGAAUGGGACACAAUACCCUGAGAAGUAUGACUUGAGUCAGUUAGAACAACACAAACCUGGCCGCAUGUGGCAGUUGUUUACACACAAGACUCUUGCAUGGAGGACCUUGAUCAUCUUCCUCAACUGGUUUUCUAUCGCUCAGAUUUACUACGGUGUCACAAUUCAUAUGAAGAAUCUCGGAGGAAACUUCUACUUCAAGUUCAUUAUGCUGGCGUUGGUUGAGAUUCCUGCUGUGGCCAUUACUCUUUUAAUGUUGUCCAAAAUUGGCCGAAAGAAGGUGCAUGCUUUUUUCAUGAUUCUCGCCGGUGUUUCGUGCCUUCUCACUAUCUUCACGGUAAUAAUAGGAGGUCCAUCCUUUGAACCAGCGACAUUGGCGUUGUGUUGUUUGGGAAAAUUGGGCGCAGCAGCUGGAUUUUCAAUUAUUUACGUCUACUCGAGCGAACUUUUCCCGACUGUAGUACGGAAUGGUGGCAUGGGGGCCAGUUCUUGUGUGGCACGGUUUGGCAGUAUGUCUGCGCCUUACAUCGCUAAGAUUGGUGACUCAGUUGGUAGUAUGUAUGGACAAGCUAUCCCUCUGAUCGUGUUUGGACUUAUAGCUCUGGCGGCAGGCACACUAACAUUGCUACUCCCGGAAACCUGGAACAGACGACUUCCGGAUACCAUACAGGACGGGAUACGCUUUGGAAAAGAAUUUGACCAGAACAAGAAGGACUAUACGGAAGGAUGCGAUGAAGAAUCCAUGCAGGCUAAGGAGUUGACCUCAAAUGGAACAGAUUCUUCCGGAAGGGAGCAGCCUGCAGAAAAUAAAUCUCUCCUCUAAAUUUGUUGAAUAUCAGCAAUGCAAUUUCAUUACUCAAUACAUAGAAAAUUCCAUGAUGUUGCUUUUAAUUGCUAGUGUUACGUGUCCAUUCGGAACGACUUCGGGUUUUUACAUUACGUAAGAGUAGUCGUAUUGAACUGAAAGCAUUGUAAACACUCAGGUAUUUGUUUGUAUUUUAGUUUUAAAACGAAACUCAAAAGAUUCAUAUAUAAUAGCAGAAGCUAAAUGCGCGUUGUACUUUUAAUUAUUUGUUAGGUAACCUUACGAUAGAAUAUGCUUGCUGCUCCAUUUUUGCUUUUUUGUGAUAUAUAGUUAAGAUUGUACUUCAAUGAAUAACUGAUGUCAAUCUGAUUAAAAUCAUAUCUGUAUCUGCGUUUCCCGUGCCGUAGCAGAUUGUUGUUUACGGAACCCGAGUACAGAUUAGAGUAGGAUUUUUAGUAGAUUGGACUGAAACACUUUCUGAACACCACUUUUAAGAAAGUAAUCUACAAUACAUUGUUUCAUUUUCAUUUAUCAAAACUUAUCACCAGAACACGUGAAAUAAGUGUUAUAAAUUUGUCUGCGUACAAUAGUUGCUUCUGAGACGAUGUUCCUGUUUUAGAGCAAUACUUUUUAUUUCUCUUUCCUCAACUACCCACUCUUCCAGACCCCAACUAAGCACCUGGCAAAUGCGAACUUACAUAGUUGUAUAUUAUAUAAAGCUCACUACAAAUAUAACUUUAAGAUGUUAACUUUUAAUAUCAAGGAAAUGAAAAAUCAAAGUUGAAGGUAUUGAUGUAGCAAACCAUUUUAGAUGAACUGCAGAAUAUGGUUUUCUUCGUUUUUACCUGAAGGUUGUGUACGCGUUGAAACCCAAUUACUGUUAUCUUUCAUGAUCAUUUGGACAUUUGAGAUCACGCUAUUACUAUGAUCACUGAAUGUUUCGAAACUUUUUCUCAUAGUUUUUUUUAAAUGUAGUAUUAUGCACACGAGGAUUAAUGUAUCCAGUUCUGGCCAACUACAUGUUUACGCUUGUCGUUGUACACAAUUAUAAACGAAACGAAAUCAUAACAACAAAAUUGAGUAUGAUUUUAGUUACAGACAAGGCGUUAACGCCGGUGAAUUUAUCAUGACCAUAUAUGGAAUUGAUUGCAGAUGUUGUACAUACCUCUUAUUUUUUCAUUACUUUUAUACAGUAUGUAACCAAUUUGUUUAUAUUCGCAUACUAAAUAAAUGUAUCGUUACACGAGUAUGCUGUGGAUGUAUAAUAUAAUGUGUCGUUUAAAAGUUGCGUGUCUUGAAUUGUAAACCGAUACCAAAUAUAGCAUUGUUUAUGUAACAGUAUUACAUGGUCGUAAAUAACAUAAUCUUAUUAUAUUUACUUAUGUGUCUUUUGUACUAUCUUCGUGACUGUAAAUGGUAGAACACUUCUGGUGAACUUUAGAUUCCCGAGGUUUUCCAUAACAUGUAUGACACGUUUUUAUUCAAUCGAAUAGUGCAGUUGCAUGUUGCAGAUUACGCGCUUUUAUUUUACUGUAUUCUAAAAUCAUCAGGUGUAUGAAAUUGACGCAACAUAUAUUUAAUUUAUGGGUUAGUAUAACAACAAACAAAUAACAACCAUCUAGAUUUUGACAUUUCUUUCGAUCACAUUGGAUUGUCCUCAGUCGCCUUCAAGGCUUAAAAGUUAAGGUUCUGAACAUCACUGAAUAGUCAUUGAAGGACGAAACAGCUGUAUGAUGCAGUUUUAUUCAAUGAUUGACGCUAUUGUAUCUAACUCUAAAUUUGUAAUAAAAUGUGUUAUUCACUUGUGUGUUUUUUUAACAAUCCUCUACGUCAACACAUAUGAAAGAAUUUUCAGAAUAUACUACCUUAAUCAUAAGACCCAAGUGCUAAUUGAUAUCGAGUUCAGUAUUUGAACGUGAGAAAUAUUAAAAUUUCACGUAUAAUUGUUAUCUUCAGUAUUUUUGCUGAUUAUGGUAGUAUUACGCAUGUCAAAAUUACUUCGCACAGUGCUCAUUCAAUACAUGAAAUGAAUGUGCCGAAACUAUACAGCAUUUCGAAAACCAUGUCUUAUCGCUCAGGCUAACUUGUAUAUUCUUUUGAUUAUACAAUCGAAUGAUAUUUUGGAAUAAUUUGUCUCAAACAAUGGUUAUUUUGUACAUGUGAAGAAUGUUGUUCGUACAGUGUAUAGUUGUCAUGUAUCUUUUUACCCACUUGUGUCCCAACCUUUACAGUAACCCAAGGAUCAAGUAUAAGGUUUUUAUCCAUUGUUACUCUUUUGGUCAUUUAACGACGUCGUGUAC